AUGUUGCAGGAGUCUGAGAUCUACCAGAAGUGCAUCCGUCCGCCUCCGAACCGCACGGUGCUCGACAGCUGCCGGCAGUCGCCGCCGCCAUAUCGAUCGCAGUCGGCUGGGGCGCUGUCGACCGCCUCCUCCUCCUCCUCUGCCUCCUCCACGGCUUCCUGCUGCUCCAGCACGGGGGCGGCGAGCGGCGGCGGGGGCGGCGGCAGCAGCAGCACGGCGGCGUCGUCUGCCGCCUCCACGUGUUCGCUGGCAUCCUCGUCGAACGACGCUGCCUCCUGCACCGCACCCCUGUUACAUCAGAUGGGCAGGUGUCACUCGAUGUCCUCGCAAAAGACUGAUUUCUUGCAGCGGACGGUCAAGAUGCUCACAGGAGGCGCCAUCCGGAGGCCGGGCACGCCUGGAGCGACGACGCAGCAGUACACAAGUAGUAGCAGCAGCACAUUACCGUCAACGACGGGGCCAACGUUAGGAGGCCCCCUGACGCCGUCUACUGUUCCGAGCGGGACGUCGCAAGGCGUUGCUCCUGUUACUCCCGUGACGUCAUCGGCGACGACAGCGCAACAGACGGCCAGGUCACACCACAGGCCGCCCGUCUGACCACACGUUCCCGCUUAGUCUCAUCUCAUCAAUUUAGUACUAUGGAAAUUGUGUAGUAGGUCUUUUAUUACGUGUUCCGGGCCGCUGCUUUGGGAGUCGACGGGAUUGGCGGAAGUACCGUUGAGACAUUGAAAGGUCAAGUUUUGAAGAUAUGGCAUGCCUUAGUACAGAGUACCUUGCUUGGAAAGGGCUGGAGACGUGCUGAAACAUUUGAAGAUUAAUGUGUGGGCAAACCUUUAAAGUACAAACUUGGGUUUUGUAUUUAAAGGUUUUGAAUUAAAUAUACAACAAAUUCGCCUUUUCCAUCAAAUUGCACAGUCGCUAUGGUUACCGAAACUUAACACAGCAACAUUUACUUAAAUAAUAUAUAUAUAUAUAUAUAUAUAUAUAUAAUAAAUAGGCGGUGUUUUUCUGUCAUUCGAACUAGUUUGCUUCGUCAGAAUAUUUACACGUUUGAACUUUAACCGUUUGUACACGCACGCCUUUGUCUACCAGCAUGCAUUCUGCUGGUCGGUCUUUCGAUUUUUCGCCACCUAUCUAAACUCUUCCAAGUGAUUUACAUGGUAAAAUUCAAACAAUAUAACUUUACUUGCUGAAAAUAAUUCUGAUUAACUCAGUUACAUUCAAAAACGUAAUUUGAGGCAAUCAGUAUAAGACAAAAUAGCUGAAUAAAUACGCUCCAUAUUGGGAUAAUGGAUAUUAUGUAAUGGCUAGAACACCAUUUGAUGUCUCAACGGUCCUCCUGGUUAUUUAGUUUUUUUUUAAGAAUUAUACCUAGCGACUCGGUGGAACUAGCACGGUCCAACCGAUUUUCUGGUGCCACUUUGUUGGUGUAGGUGGUACUCCUUUUACAGUAGAACACAUUCUGAUAAUAAACGAUAUGGUAAAUAAAUUGGUGGUCACUAUUCAACAAUUUGAGUAAUUGCUUACAACAGCAGAAAUGGAUCAUGGUGACACCGGAUCCAGACUCAAUAGGGGGUUUUUCCACGUAACUAAGAUUGCGUUUUGGUAGCUGAAAUAUGGACAUCUAUUGUCCAGAGAGGACACACUUUAUCUCGAUUUUUCGCUCGUGCUUUGGAAAAAAGUCGUAUUUUGAACUCGUGGAUUGGAAAAGGACUCACUCAAACCCCACUUUUUCGCUAAAGGAAUCAGCCAACAGAUUCUGAUUUUUAUUCCGCAUACCGAUGAAAUGUGAUCAUACACCUCGCGUCGAACUGUCAACGUUAAAGAAUGAAAGUUAUUUUUCUUACCUCUAACCGAAGCCUAACUUACAUGGCAAAAGGGUGCGCACAUUCAUUGUCAUUCUAUCAAUAAGAAACAGAUCUAUUACUAUUGGAAUUUCUAUUUUCUGUUACUUUGUUCCUGAUAGAUGCAGACGCCAUCUAUGGAGCAAUAGUACAAUCAGUUUUUUUGAUGAGCCAUAGUUCAUUUGAAAUGUCAAACGAUUAGUUGUGCACCUGUUCCUAGAUGACUCUGGGCGAUUAUUUUCAUGUUUUGUAAUUUGUAGAGGCUUUUUUCAGAGUUCAUGACACUUAUCGUAUCUUUUAUUAUAAACAGUGACAUGCUCGGAAAACAUCAAUAACCUUUUGAUGAUGUGGUCUAAGAGCCAGUCUCCUGACUGCCACAGAUCAAAGAAAUUUUUCAACAUUUUCGUCAAUUCAGACAGCUGAUGGACGACCAGAGCGAGGUUUGUCAUCGAUCGACAAGUCGACAUAUUUUAAUCGAGCAAACCACUCGUACACCCGAGUUUUUCCCAUAGCAUCAUCUUUGCAAGCUAUUUUCAACAUUAAAACAGUUUCAGCAGCAUUUUUACCAAUCAGAAGGCAAAAUUUCACAGCUGCACGUUGCUCACUGAAGCGUGCCAUCGUAUAUAUCGUAAUGCUAUUCCGGUUAUUUUUGGGUACCUCCUCGUAUAUGUCGAUAAUCUGUUACACUUUCCUGUAAAUCUAUUACGAUUUCUUGGGCGACAAUCGCCAAUGGCUGUAAAUAUUACCCAUUACGGCAAGAAACAAGACUUGGAACGACACUACUCACAUCUCACAUUCUAAUGCCUUGCUAAUGUCAAAUUUAAGUACCAGAUACACUUGAAACUCCAGUGGAAGUUAGACACUUGAGGUAAGUUAAGAAACAAAAAAAAUAUUAUUAAUUCGAUGAAUUCCGCGUCAGGAAAACCUAAUACAUAAUUUAACACAGAACUGGCUGACAGCUCUAAAUAACAAGUUGGAAGUAGGUAUAGUUGUAGUCACCGUUCUUGGCGGUUACGUCAUCAACGCCAUAUGAAAUAAGUAAAACUGCUAUUCUCUCGGGUACGCAUGAAGUGGGUAACAGGAGACCGCUGUUUUCAUUCUCUUCAUGGAAAUACUCUAAAAAAUUCAGCACGAGCUGUCGGCCUUCUCCAUUGAUCGUAUUUCCGGGCAUUGUACAAUUUUAUAUUGAAUAUUGAUAACAGGACACCUCGAAUUGCAAAUAAGUUGUCACUCUGACAAAUAUCAUUGAAGGGCACUCAUACGUAACGACAAAGUUUUCGAGACGGAGACACAGGCUGAUGUCGUUGCUCUUGACAUCACGAAAGCGUUCGAUCAGCUGUGGCACUCUGCACUCUUAAGCAAACUUCCAUCCUAUGGCCUCCCAGAAAAGCUUUGCAGAUGGCUGGCCGACUUUAUCUCUGGCCGCAAGAUAUCCGUCGUAAUUGAAGGGUCCUCCUCUUCAUCCCACAACGUCAACGCGGGUGUUCCCCGAGGAUCGGUCUUGGCUUCGAGACUGUUUCUCUUACAUAUCAACGACCUCCUUUCCUGCACGAUCAACCCAAUCCACAGCUUCGCUAAUGACAGCACUCUACAUGCAGGAAUUCAGAGUGACAAGCCGAUCUCUGCCGCUGAGCUGGAAAAAAAAGACUAGCGACGACUUCCUCUCUGACGCGAGACCUUGAGGCUAUCACUGCUUCGGGACGCGACAGUUUAAUGCUUCCAAAACACGGUACUGUACUUUGAGGAACAAAAAGCGUCCUAGCGCUCAUCCGGUUUCGAUGGACGGACGAGUUCUGCCUAAGAGCCAUUCAUUUCGGCUGGUCCAAGUCCAGAUCACCUAGGACGUGAUCUGGCACGAACACAUCUCGUCAAAAGCGGCAGCUGCUGCGAAAAAGCUAGGCUAAGAAGUACUUUUCUCACUCUAUACUAUACUAUAUACUCUACACGUUUGGUGUCCUCCGGCAACAACUACAUUAUUUAUGCUCGAUGCUGCCCAGAGGAGGGCGGUCCGCCUGAUCGAUGACUGGCCGAUACGACCGCUCCUUUGACCCGAGGGUGUUGAGAUUGUGGAACAAUCUACAAGAGGAAGCUUUUCCCAGUUCUACUAACCUUAGGCAGUUCAAAAAUCGUAUUAACAAAAUUUCUUGGGGAUCAUCAUAGCAGCCGCGGUGUUCCGGCAUUUAGGCUUCUGCUUCGGUAUCAAAAAAGCCCAACUAAAAAACGUAUGUCUUUGAGCUUACCGGACAAACGUUCACACACAGGGGUAGGUUGCAUGUGUAUAUAUGAACGAGAUUGAGAUAUAUAAAGGGAUACUGGUAGUCUUACUUUGACAAGGCACGAACGGUGACUACAAUUAUAUAUACUGAUUGACACGGCGGUCAACAAGUCAAGAAGAAACAUUGACAGGUCGAAAUGAAAUUUUUGUACAAAUACCCCGUUUGUGCGAAAUGUUCGCAUUCCAUCGAUGUCUGGAAUAGAUUUAUUUCUUUCAGAUGAUUCCUUCUGCGGACAAAAAUAGAUGUACAUAAUCGAUUUUCGCAAUUAAAAAUGAGAAUACCGUAUUCUUUUGAAGAGAAAGUUGAGGUGGAUUUAAAAUAUUCAUCGUAAUGUUCUCAAAUGUUGACCUCAUUCGUAAAGACCUUCGACUAAAACCCUCGAAAUCCUUGUGUUUGAGUUUUUAUGAGAAUGGGUUCGGUUCCAGCAUCGUCGAACAUACUCUUACGUUGGGGUGUUGUUCGAUGCCUUUUGUGUAGAUUUCUACUGUAAUCGGGGUACCGAUCGUGCCGUCCCAUUUGACAUGAGCAGCAUUAAACAAAGGUCGGAACUUGCGAGGGAUAACACGCCCAAGAACGUUUAGCAUUUCAUUAAUAAAGUGAUAGUUAUCGGUUAUUAUCAAGUGAAAAAACGGACGCACGAUUUUCUCGAUGUGGUAUGUGUGUGAAAUGCGAUUAUUGAGCAAGACUAAAAUCUAUUUAAAUAUAGGUAGUUGCGGAAUAUCGAAAUUGUACAGUGCCAAAUGUGUCCUAGAGUGGUGGGCUAGUAUUUUAUGUACCAUGUACAUAAUAUGUAACGAUUUUGCUAUUAUGCAGUGCAAUAACGUUCUUUUUUAUUUUCAAUGCGCUUCUUUUGAGUGACAGUGUCCUGAAGGAUUAGAUUUUAAGGAACCAUUGAAUAGAAAAAUGGCCAAGGUUCAGUAAAAGUAUUUAUAAAACUAGGAUGUUUGUGUUCUGUAGCAGAGCUUUGUAUAAACAUCCACCGACGAUCAAUGUAACUAGUAAGAUGUUAUUUUAAAAAGUUGUUUGUUUUAAUGACCUUUAUAAACUAUUUCAGUAUAAAUCUGAAUCAAUAAAAUUAAUCCUAUUGUUUUUUUCCUUGAUUCGUGAUUCAUUUUGUUUACCCUGCUCAACUGGUAUUACAUGUAUCCAUUGGAAAAUUGGCUUUGAUAAAAUGCCAGAAUCAGAAGGGGUCAUUUCAUUUUUCUUUAUUUCGCAAGAUGAUUUCAAUUGUCCAUCAUCUAGCGCUUUUUUGUUUACUGCAGAACCAAUGGUUUUGCUUACACUGUGUCAACCCAAGUGCCACACUGUGUAAAUGUGCAGCAUAAAUGCACAUAACUACACGAUAUAUUUGGGUCCAGUGGGUUAGCUAGCCUCAGUGUAAGUAUGACCAUUAAAGAGCAGGUAACUACAAUCUCCUUAUCUUUAAAAACUACACUGAUUUUAGGAGCGUUACAUUAAAAUUAUCAUUAAUUGAAAUGUAACAAUUCUAAGCUGCAAAUCGAAAUGACUAGUCUGAGGAAACUGUCACGUGAAAGCAACUGCAAAACUAGAAAAUUUGUCCAAGGUCAACAGAUAAAGUGGAGGAUAGCGAUACACAGGAAUGAUAGUUAAUUGCUUAAAUGUUAAUUAGGAAAAUACUCAUCAGCAGCAAAUAUACAUACCUACAUAGUCGGUGCUACAAAUACUACAAUACUACAAGGAAUUUCUCAAACAUCGCCUUCAUAAGAAUUAUUUUCAAUAGCUCUUGCAAUAACCACUCUGAUACACUGAGUAACAUCUCCAGUUUUCUGAGCUUUUACGCAACUUGUCGAACAUUUCUCUUUUACAAAAACAGAUGAUUUUCUGAUUACCUAAUGAUCAAAAAACCAUAAUUUUUUCUUCACUUUUCACCGAAGAAGAGGUGAAAAGGUUUAUUUUUCUUCAACACAAAAUAAAGUUUUUUUUAAAAAUUCUUAUGAUACAAGUCAUUGUUUGGGAAUUCACUCAGCUUACACCUGUAAAUAGUUUGUAACUUACUUCCAUGGCCUACAGUUGUCAUUUGAUCUAUUGUACAUAAUAAUUGAUACAUGAAUGUUCCAUAUAGUUGCUUCGCUUGAUCCUAGUUAACAAACCGUUUAAUCCUUCACUUUAUCUUUCAUUGAUGACAUUGUAAAUAUUAAAGCACAAUGAUUUUAGAUCAUAUGUGAAAGUUGUAAUUAUUUCUGUCAAAAUGUAUGGAUUUUAUAGUUUAAUUAUUGUGCUGCAUGCAUGAAUGAUAUAGUCCAUCAGUUUAAUACUUGAUAUUCUUGAACAUCAUAGAUUUUUAUAUUGAGAAAUUUAGUUGGUUGAGAUUCCUUUUAUAUCAGAUUUAAUUCGAUGCAACUCAAAUUCCUCUUUCCAGAUUGAGAAGUUAUAAAUCAAAUUAUUACACUGCAUUUUUUCGUUGGUGAUGUUGUUUUUAAACAGACUUAUAGGUCAUUUUUUCUUUAUCUUAUAGAUGGAUGAACAAUCUGUUUUACCUAGGUUGAACGAAAAAUUUAAGAAAUACUAUUUCAAUGUGCGAGUUGAUUUUUGUUUAAAAAUAACAUUGUGACAUCGAAUUGGGGUUAUUUUAAUAUUAUUGUUCGGAAUAACAAGUGUGAAACUGUUGGACAGUCAUUGACCUAUUGAAAAAAUCAAAAAGAAUUUGGCACAAAAUGCCGCAAUGCCAGCGGUAUGCCGAUGAUAUUCCAGCAAGGAAACAAUUAAACAAUUCUGCGUAGAACAUUGUUCUGUUUUAAAAUAUUGUUUAUUGAAGAAUGAAAACUACGUAAGUGCAAAAUAAAAAAAGGGGAAUGAAGACUAAAUGAGGACUUUUUACCUUUUAAUGCUAAAGUGUUCAUCUGUUAGUCAAAAAACACUUAUCUCAAACUCUAGUUCCAAAUAAUCAUCACCAAUUUCUGUCUACACAGGAUCAUUCACACUCGAAAAAGUGAAGCCGUCAGUAUUUGACGUAUCUGCGCUUUCGCCCUUUUGUUAACUAGUGAUAAUAUUCAGAAAACUAUAUAGAUUAUGCGACACAAUGUGAGGACAAUAAAAUGAGUUUAACAUAUUGAAUGAGAUCGAUAUAUCAUGGUAAUAGAUAUUGCUUGAAUCUUACUGGGAUAUUAGAGUUUUUGUAGCUCCAGAAUACGACAUGUCUAUUUAAGCCAGUUGUGAAACAUUUAUGCUAAUUUUUAUGGACGUCCAGGGCAAUUAUUUUUUUUACAUACGAGAUGAAUCCAAACUGUUGCACGGUAGGAUAUUACUUUGUCAUGUUAGUUGUCAUUGUGACCAUAAAUAAAGAUUUUGAUUUGAAAAAUAUAGUCAAUUCCAAAUGACAAUGUUCAAUGCCAAAUUGAACGACGUGAAACUUUGUUAUCUCCAAUUUAUAAUAUUUUUUCAACUUGAUUGAAAAUGAUCUUGAUUGAAUAAAAUAUUGAUCUAGAAUGUUUUUUUUUAACCAUAUUUUUACCGAGUUUCUCAACUGUUUUUCUUUAUAUAAAAUAUUAAUUUUGCAGACACUGUCCAGAUAAAUGACGGAAAAUUACAUAGUUUUCAAUUUGGAGUAGAUUCGCGAGUCUACCACAUAAAGAGGGGGAAUAAAGCAGUAUUAUGUCCUAUAUAGUAUAUAGUAUUAUGUAAAGAUGUUCUUAUGGGAAAUCGUUCAACUUCAGUUGUACAGUUUUUGAGUGUGGAUGAUCCUAAAUGGGCAGCCUAGCAAAUGUUAAAGGGAAAAUGCCAGUGCUAAACUGCAAAAAGGAACCAAAAGAGCCUAAAAAGCACUAGUAGAUCAUAGAAAAAAAUUGUGAAUAUUGAGUUAACUUCUUGAACUGGUAUUUGGCAAUUCAUUAAGUAAGCAUCUGUUGUAAAAAACCGUUUUCUAUGACAGCUUCAUAAAGAGUAUCAAAUGCCUGACUGGUCAUUUUACCUUUAACAGAGUUUAGCAAAUGUUAAAUUAUAUGAUUAUAUUAAAGAAUACUAUAUGGUAGACAGCAAAAACCGUAUAUAUUAUAUAGUGAGCAUUGUCAUGGACGUCAAAGCAUUGUUUUGAACUGAUUCGGUAACUCAGAGUAAUUAUAGCAUAUAUUGUACGCGUACGAAAAUUAUGUUUAACGUAUUUAUUUUUGAGUUUUUUUUGUACAGCUGAUAGGUACUAUUGUUCGGCUUACAUCAGUAGUCAUUUUUUGACGUUUUCCAUUUGAAAAACAUACAUACUGAUUACUGUAUUACCGUUCCCAAACCGGAAAUUUCACCCAGCUUUUUGACUCUUGAACUGAAUUUUAAUGCAGCCUUACCAUCGUAUGUAUGAACCUGAAAGAAAAUUUUGGCACUGCCAUGAUAAUUUUGGUAUAGAGAAAACUUAGAAAGAUGUGUAAAAAUUAUUAUGGUAUCAAAUGUAAUGGUAAACGACAUUGAAAUUAAUUUCAAAGGUAGAAGGUCAGUUAGAUUCAGGUCCCUGAUCCUGACUGAUUUCGAUACCAAGAUCAUGAUCCUAUGAAUGACAGACCCCUGGUCUUUCUUUAUGAAAAAACAGUAAUAUGAUUUAUAUUAUCUUCUCAUAUGUAAUCUGGGCCUAGUGCUUGAGGCUCUUGUCCACAUUCAUUAUGUCGCUCGUCAUAUGAAAAAGGGGAUAAAAUCUACACAAGUUUUCCCUCUUACACAGCAGACGUCCAUGAGCAUUAUUGUGAUGAUAUUGGUGCUUGGGAUCAUAUAAUAUGUGCACGUAAUAAAAUCAAAUCUUGUACAGAAUUACAAUUAUUUAUUAUUAUAUUAUUUUGUACAUUUUAAUAGGAUUAUUUAUUUUCUAAAAAAUCAAUAUUUUUUAAUUUAAACUACUACUACCUAUCUAUUUAUGCUGAGUAGAUGCUAUAUUUUCAUAUCAGAAGUAACCAAGAACAUGGCACACAUUCCUAUAAACAAAUGUUAAGAAAUGAUAAUACUUAGCUAGUUUCCAUAAAACUGUAUAAGCAGAAAAAUGUACUUGUGCAAAGGAGAACGAACAUUUCAAGCGAUUUUGAAACAAACGAAAAACUUGUCAGUGGAGUAUGCAAUUAUUUAAAGUAAAUGCAACUUCUACAUAAAAUUUUCCAUGUAUACUUUAGGUACUUGCUACAUAAUAUUAUUAUAAACACAAAUAAUGCAGAUUAAUUCGGUGCCUCCCACAGAUUAGUAUAAAUAUUUUCAAAUUAUUUACACAAAAUUUUCGAUCAAAAAUUUUUUGAAUUUUUAUAUUGACUUUUGUUACAUCUCGAUCAUUGGUUACAAUCAGUUUUCGAAAAUCCUUGUAAUUAUUUAAAAUAUGAAAUACUGAAAACCCACGCUUAUUGACGAGAGGUUAAGAGAAGAGAUGCGAACCGCUGGGUUCAGUUACGUCAUCAAAUGCCAGACCGUUUGUUGCCGCGAUUCUCCUAGCAUCGCUUCGCCUCAAUGGGCCUGCAACGUAAAGCUUCGUGUAUGCACGUUUUCAAGUUUUAGCAUUUAUCACUACCCAGGUCUAUAAAAACACGUUUAAUUCAAUACACUGCUAAAAACAUCUAUCGUAAUAAUAACAAAAUCACUGAAAUGAUCGUUCUCGUUUGUUGCUUAAAUUUCUGGUUUUUAUCUUGUAUUAUUGCUAAAUAUCAUAGUAACGUGGACUGAUGUAUAGUUAUAGUUGUAUAAAUUUAUCCAAUAAUACUAAGCAGUUUUGAUUGUAAAGACAAUGUAAGGAAUACCGUACAUAACUUCACUUUCUAAAUAUAUGUACCUUUACCCACUUAAAAUUCUUACUGCUGCUUAUCUUUUCAACUGCAUCAAAUAUUAAAUAAAGAGAUCUUAUUGAAUUUGAGUAUCGGAAAAUUGUUUCGUAGACUCUUAUUGAUGUAAUAUGGCGACUGUUAGCUUGAGGCAAGUAACUUCUUUAAUACAUUUACCUAUUUUUUAGCUUUUUUAGAAAUCCAGAAUCACGUACCUACUAAUGUGAGUGAAAAAAGUUACAUUCUCCCUAAGGGUGGGACUUCUUAGCUGCCGAAAAACACUGCGGUGCGGGUUUUUAAUGCCGUAUGACGCUGUCAGUACUGCCAUGUCAUGCUAUUAGCCUGAUCAUCUCUUUGUGCUUGGACGUUGAAAAUCUAGGUUGAUUGUACAUAGUGAAGCACAUAUUUAUAAAAUAUUUAAAUUCAUAGACAACUGACGUCCACGAAAUACGACCUCUACGACGUUACCGCACAAUUCACAAUAGCUAGAAAAACUAGGAUACUUAUUGCCGAAUCCGACAGCGGCAGCUAAGAAAUCCUCCCUUAAUCCUAAAAGAUUACGGAUACCCGAUAUUCCACUACGGAAGUGCUUGUCUCAUUCAAUCACGGCGGGUGGUGGGCCUAGGCUCAAACUAAAUCACAUGAAAUAGUUAACUAAAAUAGUAUGUUCCCGCGCCCAAAAAAUUUAGAUACUUCUUUGAGAAUUUGGCGGAACUGUGUUUCUCCUCUCCACCCUAAUUAGAAAUCUACUUGUGUGUCUCAUAGAUAGCGCUGUAGCCAAAUAAAUGCUGGAUGCUAAGGAGAGAGGAAAGGAAAACAUAGAUGUUUCAAAUUCUCAUAUAUGACUACAGUAUCUCAUUUCAUCUCGUAUAAUUUUUUGGACGCGGAAUGUAGAAUUAUUAUAUUAUAUAAUAUUAUAUUAGUGACACAGAAAAUGCAACACCGACUAGGAGCAUACUUUUACAAGUUUUAGGUCUACUGAUAAGUAGAAAGUGAUUAAAAUUUUAUCUCGAAAUUUCGUAAAAUAGCUGAAUAAUGUCUUGAAGCUCCUCUGUACGCUACACGUUCAUAAGUCGUCGCAGCAUUGAUUGGAUUAGGUGAUUGACGUCUUCUUAGUGCAUUGGAUCCCAGGCCAUGUGAAUUUGGUUUCAUACAGCCUCCAGUGUUUGUGGAGGGCGCGGUGAAUUUUGCAACCUCUUUCCCAUCAUGUCCCAUACUUGUUCGAUGGGGGAAAGGUCUGGAGAUCGAGGAGACCAAUGAAGCAGAUUAACUCCGGACGCUUCCAAAAAGUCUAAACUCUAGCCAUGAUAAUGCAAUGAAACAAAUGGAACCAACCCUGAAAAAUCACUAAAUAUUGAGUAAACGUGCUCGGAUCCUGAUAUGACAAAAAAGUGCGGCUCGGAAUUACUUCAACAUUUUAUCAGCGUAUACUUCCAUGAUAGCAAAUAUGUUUACAAGUGUUUAACAAAAUUUAAUAUAAUUCUGGGUGCGGCAUUUUAUAUGUCACUUAAUAUAGUUGUAAUAUCUGUUUUCAAAGGUAUUAAAUUGAGUUUUUUUAACAGCAUUUCUAUUUGAUGCAGUUUGAUAGCUGAUCUUUGCUGUACAUACUUUUGUAUAAAAUUCCCAGUUUUUUAUGGAAAAGAAAUAUGUUUUUAUUAGGAUUUAUUUAUUUUGUGGUCUGUCCUAUUUAUUUUUUAAUCUUCCGCACAUACUUCUGUAAACAGAUUGUUUUAGACAGUGGAAAACUAAAAAUUGUAAAACUGAAUUUCUAGUUUUUGCAUAUAUAUGAAACCCAAGCCAAUCAGUCUAUAUAAGAACAAAAAUUGUGAUUGUAAUUAAAUUUUAAUAUAAUAAAUAAAUUAAUGAAAAAUGUUUUUUGUAUUAGUAAAUUAUUAAAGUGACUCAAAUUGUACAUUUUUGUUUUUGUUCUGUAGCUUUUUAUUUCUUUAC